AGAUCCUAUUUGAGAGUUUUUAAUCUUACACGCCUUCACACCACACAGAGAGCUACCAGAGAGUAUCAUGAGCGGCUGUCCUUUCCUUGCCAAGAAACAUCCAUUGUUUACAAGUAAGCACGUGACUGCUGAGGAAGAAGAUGAGGCUCAGAAAGGCAUCAACAAAGCCACCAAGGGAGGCAUUGUUUAUGGCGAUUACCUGGAGCUGCAUAAGGUGCUGAAUGCCCAGGUGCUGCAGAGUGAACUGAAAGGAGACAAAGUCCAUGAUGAACACCUGUUCAUUGUGACCCAUCAAGCAUAUGAGCUUUGGUUCAAGCAAAUACUAUGGGAGCUUGACUCAGUGCGGGAGUUGUUCAUUAAUGAUGGCGUGCGGGAUGAGAGGAACAUGCUCAAGGUGGUCAGCAGGAUGCAUCGCAUCACUAUGAUAUUCCGUCUCCUAGGUGACCAGUUUUCCGUUCUGGAAACCAUGACGGCCAUGGACUUUUUUGACUUCAGGGAUUACCUUAGCCCAGCCUCUGGCUUCCAGAGUCUUCAGUUCCGCCUUCUGGAGAACAAAAUUGGCGUGUCAGACAAGCUCCGCGUGCCCUACAACAGACGCCACUACAGGGACAACUUCCAGGGCCCAGACAGUGAGGUGCUAAUGCACUCUGAGAAGGAGCCCACACUGCUGAGACUGGUUGAGCAAUGGUUGGAGAGGACGCCAGGUCUUGAGACAGAUGGCUUUGACUUCUGGGGGAAAUUUCAAAGCAACGUUGAACAAGGGUUCAAGUUUCAGAGACAAAAGAUUGAGAAAAUGGCGGACUCAGAGAUGAAGGAGGACAUGCUGGAGGAUCUCAACAAGCAGAUUGAGCAAUUCACAGCCUUGUUUGAUGACAAACGCCAUGAACAUCUUUUGAGCAAAGGUGACCGGCGUCUGUCUUACAAAGCGCUUCAAGGAGCCCUGAUGAUAAAUUUCUACAGAGAGGAGCCCCGUUUCCAGGUGCCCUUCCAGCUUCUCACCAGCCUGAUGGAGAUCGACACACUCAUGACCAAAUGGAGAUAUAACCACGUGUGUAUGGUCCACCGCAUGAUCGGCAGCAAAAUGGGGACAGGCGGCUCAUCUGGUUAUCACUACCUGCGCUCCACAGUCAGUGAUCGCUACAAGGUUUUUGUUGAUUUGUUCAACAUGGCCACGUACCUGGUUCCGCGGGGCUGGAUCCCCAAGCUGAACCCCAACGUCCACAAGUUCCCCUACACGGCCGAGUGCUACGACAGCUCCUACAGCUCAUUCAGCUCCUCAAGCUCAUGUAGCAGCGAGGACUCAGAUUAAAUAACAGCAAAUUAUUAUAACUACUUAAGACUCACUAAUUACCCCCUUGACGAUGCGAAGCGGAGCUGAUUAGUUAGUCAAGUCAAGUUGGUUUUAUUGUCCUUUUCUUUGCAUGCGCUGGUACAUACAAAGAAUUGGAAUUACAUUUCUUACGUUCCCAUGCAGACAGAGAUAGACUCUAGACUCUAGGUGUGGACAUAGACAAUUAGACAUAGACAGUAUACAUACAUUACACCUAGAGCACCUAUACAAUACCCGUUAUGACUAACUAUUAUCAGUAAGCUUAACUUCAGAAAAAGGAAAAUUACGUUAACAGGCCACAUAGGUGACAUCGCUUUGUCAACCUUGCAAUGUCACUUGUGAGCGCAAAUUUCCACUGCAUCAUCUCGAGCAGGUUCCUCAGCAUAAAGUUUUUUUAUGCAAAUGUGUAAAUACUCACCACAGUAUAUUCUGUUAAUUUUGCAAUGUACAGUAUAUAUUUUGCAGUGCUAAUUUAACACUCAGUGGGACGAAAUACACAAUACAGAAGAUGUAAAUGUGAUCCCUCUGUUAAAUGUUAAGUGUUGAAUCAACACUUACAGUAUUCAUUUGUAACAACACUCAUAGUCAAUUUAACACUCUCCUCUAUUUGGUCCCACUCACUGCGUUGAAUUAUAACCACGGAAUUAGAAUAUCUGCAUAUUUGAUUAUUAUAAUAUCAAUAAUCUGUAUUGUAUAUAUACUUUGUAUAAUAUCCGAAAACAACUCAUACUGACAACACGUGCAUAUUUCCCUUGAUGUUGCGCUCAUUUUGAUGUACGUAUGUUGAGGAUAGCGUGUAAACUAUGUAUAUUGUGUGUAUAAGAGCUGGUUACUAUAGUGAAUGUAGCCUAGACUGUUAGCGUUUCAUAUAGUAGAGGCACUGACUAGUAUGUAGAGAGCAGAACUGACUAUUAAAUAGCCAUUCUCAGAAAACUGAAUGAAUGUAUUUUUUGAUUAGUAUUUAGUUACUGUUUGUUUAUUUAUAGUAAAAUACCAGUUACAUAUGUUCAUAUAUUCUUCACAACAUCAAUCAUUGUGCAUUGAUAAAUUAUGUUUUGUAAUGUGUUUAUUGUUCCGAUUAUUAUUUUGUAGUGGUGACAUCACUGUACAUUAUGCGUGGUAAGAUUUAAAUUGUUAUGUUAAAGGAAGUUCAUAUUGUUAAAGUGUCAUAAUGAUACAUUUAUGUACAACAAAUUGUACUUUACUCAGAGUGAUACUUUCCUGUUGAGAACAGGCACAUACUCUGUGGAUUAAAGGUUGUAAAUAAACUUGAACUGAUUACGA